AGAACGAUGGUGACCAUAGCAACAAUGACCAUAGCAACAAAGAUCACAGUCAUGAUGAUUCCAGUCAAGGUGAUAUUAAGGUGGCUGGUUAUCUAAAUCUUGCUGCUGAUUUUACACACAACUUCACUGAUGGACUGGCAAUUGGUGCUUCAUUCCUUGUCAAUAAAAAUCUGGGUUUAAUAACCACCAUUACAAUCCUCUUACAUGAAGUACCUCACGAAAUUGGAGAUUUUGCAAUUCUUAUUCAAUCUGGGUGCUCAAAACGCAAAGUAAGUACAAUUUUUAAAAUGUGUUUAUUGUCGAUUUCAAUUCAUUUUACGCGACUUUAAUUUCAUGAUUUUUGCGAACUAAAAAAAAAAUCGCGAAAUUAAAAUCGUGCGAAUAUUUCUAUAUUAUAUAAUUCAAUGAAUAAUUCAUAAUUUGUACAACACACAAGGGAUGGGGGAUAACACCCGACCAACCAACAAGGGUGAGGUGGAGGGGGGAAGCGUUUCUAGUGACGGGAGGGGAAUCAGAGUGCUGGGCUUUAUAAGAUAAGUUAGGGUCGCAAACCUCAUUAGCAUACCCCAAGCUAGGGUUCAGAAUCCCUAAACUGACACAGACCACUCCGUUCAAUUCUUAAUAUCAUUUAUUUCAUAAAUCCAUUAAAAAAUCAUGUUAAUUUAUAUAAAGUUUGGCUAAAUUACUUCGCCAGUGAACUCAACAGAUGGGUCGUUAUUUAAGUCAUUUAAUAUACUCGUAGUACGUACUUUAUCAGAUAUAAAACACUCAGCUGUCGCCUCGAGUUUUAUAUCUGAUAUAGCACCCCUCCCUACUUGUGUUUUAAAUACGUAGUACAGUUUGGCAAUUUUGUCUUGCCGCCGACAAUAAAGAUGAGUAUUAAAAUUAUUAGUAAAAACAUCGCGGACUACCGUACAGACUAACGGUACAGUACAUACCUUAUGUUGACUAUCUUAUUUUGACUUGUUUCGAAAGUUAUGACUUUUGGAUUUUUAUAGAAAACAAGAUGUUGUUUAAUGCUUUUUUUGUAUUUCUGCCCAUCAAAAUCGCGAAAAUAAAGUCUCGCGAAACAUUGCCUCGAAUAGUGUAUUUAAAUUAAGUACGAAUAAGGUAUUUACCCCUUACGACCUGUAUUUGUGUCCUACUUUGUUAUUUUACUCUAUCAAGCACUAGAUGACAUUUUGAGCUUUGAUGGACAAUUGGUUGAAACCUUAUGCGCCCUACUAUGCAGGGUUUAAGAAUGCUUCAGAAAUGCCGCGUGAGGCCGUAGGCUUUCCUGUAUAUAUAAUUUAAUGCCAGCACGUUUCAUCGAUGUUGAUGUAAGAGAUAUUGGCAUGGAAUGGCUGAUUUGAGGUUUUUCUUUCGAUAAUAUUUAGAAAUCAAACCGAAGCUUUGUGUAAAAUAAAGAAGUUUGAUGUUUUUUGGAAGGUCUGUGUACUAUAAGAAAUAAAAAAUGUUUCGCGAGCGUCUACAGAGUUUUCAAAGUAUGAAAGAUGAGCCUACCAGUCUAAUAUAAUAUAUACAACAAACUGAACAUUCAAAACUUAACUCACGGUCCAAACAUUAAUCUGAAAUUUUUGGUAUAGACUAAUUUGAGCUUGAAAUGUUCAAAUUCUAUGCCCAUUUUACCAAAGCGCUUUGGAUAGUGACUGCAGUGUUUAAACCUCUGCUAUGUUACUGUAUUUUACUCUUAUGUUGCACAGUUUUAUUUGUCAAGGGAAAACUAUGGGGUUCAAAAAUAUUUACUAGAUUGUUUGACAAUGUAUUACCAUUAAGCCGCAAUGUGCCCUAUACUUCUUAUUUUGCUCUGUCCAAUGCCAGACGAUCUAUCUUACCUGUCAAUGGGAAUGUGUAAAAUGUGUUAGUGGGUACACUAAGUUCACUAACAUUGAAUUGCAAUAUAUUCUAUUCACCUACUUUUUUAUUUUACACUCUCUCAAAUUUCAGACGAUUCUACUUUCCAAAAAAUAUAAAAAGAAAUAAAUUUACUAUCUUGAAAAUUGAAAUUCAAGAUAUGAUGAUCACUGUGAUACUCGGUCUGAUGAUGAUUUUGAAAUAAUGUCGAAAAUUUACCGCUUCAACAGGUCGUCGCGUGUUUUAACUUUUGUCUUGAAUUUCAAGAUUAAGUUAUCUUCGGAAUUUGUUUUCUUUUAUAUUUUUCUGAAAUACUAGAUUCCCCAUUAUUACGUUUUCGUAGCGCUUUGCAUUGUGGAUAUAGACCAGUGGUAUCACUGAUAUUCAAGAUGGCUUAUUUUUUGCCCUGACCCUUGCAAGAACUUUUAAAAAAAGCUAGGUUUAGGUGCGCGAUAGCCAACAGCAAAAUAUUCGCGAAAACAUUCAAUAUUUUCAUUCGAGGCCGCUAUCUUUAUCAGUGAUACCACUAUAACCACAAUGCAAAGCGCUACGAAAACGUAAUAAGGGGAAUCGUCAAUUGUCUACUGGCCGUGGAUUUUACUCUUCAGUAUGGAAGUGUUGUGCUUUAAUGGGUUAAUUUAUCGUCUGCAUGUCUUUCCUAACACAGGCGAUGCUUCUUCAGUUGACCACAGCUACAGGCGCAAUGGCUGGCACUGUAUGUGGCCUGCUAGCAGAGGGUACUGGUAGUUCUGCUGCCACAUUGUGGAUCUUACCAUUUACCGCUGGUGGCUUUAUAUAUAUCGCUACAGUAUCUGUUAUUCCUGAACUGCUAGAAGACAGCAAGUUAUGGCAAUCUAUUAAGGAGAUCCUUGCACUUUUUGUUGGAGUUUUUAUGAUGGUUUUGAUUGCAAAAAUGGAAUGA